GUCCCUGCUGGGGCUCGCCUCUGACAUCAGCAUGAAACUGGCCAUAAAAACGGCACCCAGAGGGGACUCUGGCUCAGACGGUGGCCGCUUGGCUCAGCGGGACGGCAGCUGGGCACCUCGCCUCACCACGCCACGCCACAUCGGAGGCCACCGUUUUUGCGGCACCAGUGGGAAGCACCGGGAGGCUUUGGGAUCAAGCCACGCAGCCAGAGAGUGCUGGGGAUGAAGCUGGGGGCCGCCUGCCUCCUGUGCCUACUGCUCACCUGCCUGACCCUGCCUGUCACCCACGGCCGCAUCCACGAGCGCUCCAUGGAGAACAGGAACCCGGACAUUGAUCCAUCCUGGUACACAGGACGCGGGAUCAGGCCCGUGGGGCGGUUUGGGCGGCGGCAAGCCCUGGGUGAGGGCACCCAUCCUCGGGGGGCUGGCCGGCAGCAAGUCUGCGCCCCCCCCCCAGCACCCCCUGGAGGAGCGGAGCCCCUGAGCUGAAGCCAACAAUAAAAGCCCUUCUCC